AUGGAGAGCAGCAAAAAAAUUAAUGACGUGGACCACUCUGGAAAUGUCAACGAACGUGUGGCACAAAACUUGUUCAGACGUUUUAAGGAAGAUGACUUCAGAUUCGAAGAAAAGCCAAGGUCAGGGAAACCUUCUGUCGUGGAAGAUGAGGCUUUUCUAGAAAUGAUUGAGCAACAACCAAUCACAAGCGCUCGUACAUUGACAGUAGAAGUUAUUCCUUCACAACGCACCACAAAUCGGCCUUGUGAACAAUGGAUAUCGAGAAUUUCCUUAAAAACUGACCAAUGGACUACGAGUGAACAUUUGCAAGCAACUGCUGGCAAAUCCUCGCGAGAUUCAUUUUUGGCAUCAAAUUCUAAAUGGAAAUGA